GGACCCAAAUGACGAAACUGCCCCUCCUCCUCCCUCUGCUCUCGCCUCGCGCCGCCUCCCCGUCGCGAGCCCUGACACCGCCACCCGCGCGCCUCCUCGCCGUCGCCGCUGCGGGAGCAAGCGUCCAGGACGCAGUGAUGUCAGCGGCCGCGACCGGGGAUUACCCGUGCCCAGUGUCCCCGCCCUACCCGGCCGUCUCCAAGGACGUGGAGCUACGGCGCGCCUUGACGGCCUCCGCCCGCUCCGGUGCCUACUCCUCCGCCGCCGUCGUGUUCGAGGACGAGUGGCUCGCCGUGGUGGACAAGCCCGCCGGCGUCUACUGCGAGGCCCUCCUCUCCGCCCUCCCUUGCUCCACCGCCUCCUCAGGGGAUCCUUCAAGUAAACCUAACCUUCACCUCGCGAACAGGCUAGAUCGUGAUACCAGUGGUCUCAUGGUCAUCACCAAAUGCAACAAAGUUGCAGCGAAGCUUGUGAAGGCCUUUACUGAGCACAAAGUGAAGAAAACAUAUCUAGCUCUUUGCAUAGGUUACCCACCAGCGUGGGAAAAGAUUAAGAUAUGUUCUGGUCAUGGGCGAUCAAAACACGGCGCUUGGCGUGUGUACGCUAUGUCUGACGUUGGCCGAACACUACCAGGGGGUUCCUCUGUAAGGGACAUGAGCACAAAAUUCGAAGUGCUAGGGACAGAUGGUGAAGGACAGUACAGAGAACCAUCUAAUGUUGACAUUGAUGAUAUAGAGUCGAUUACAGUACAAGAGAAAGCAGCUGACCAAACUUCAAAUGUUGAUGUGAAGAACCACAUGAUUUUUGUUAGAGCCUAUCCUCAAAGUGGACGAACACACCAGAUUCGUCUGCACUGUCAAUAUCUUGGGUUUCCUAUCAGAGGUGAUGUGAAGUACGGAGGAGUGAUCGAGUGGAACGGUGUGGACUGUGAUGGUCAUGCGUUGCAUGCAGAAAGCUUAUCAUUUGUGCAUCCGGUAACUGGAUUGCCUGUCACAUUCCGAGCACCUCUCCCUUCAUGGGCAAGUGAAAUUAUUUCAACAAUGGGAUGAAAUUCCCUUGACCUUAUUGUGAUGCAUGGCCCUCCAGUCAGUUUUGCUGAAACUUUCAAGCAAGACCAGCAUUGAACUGCCAGAAGCACCUCUUGGAGGUCCUCAAGGAGAGCAGCAUUCAUCGGUAACCAUGAAAAGAAGAAUUCUGACAAUUGUUUGCAGCUCGCCAAUGGCUUUCGUAGUGAAGAAUCUUGGACAUAUGUACUUGUUGAAUAGGCUAAGUACUGGAUUAUUGUUGUAGCACAGAUUUUCACUUUGGGGGUAUGGCAACUGUAUCCAUGAAAUUAACUUUUUUGCUGUGUAGCAUCCAUAUGGUUGUUGUAGCAGUAUUUUCAGUACUGCAGUUGUAACCAUGCACAUUGUACCGUGGGAUAUUCAGUUCUUGAACAACAGAGUCUGUUCUGUUGCACCAAACUUUUAGCAUCCAGAUCUGGAGAUACUAGAAAAGGAACUAGAGUAGAGGGAAAUACACAGGAGCUCCUGGGUGCUCCACCCCCUUAUAUGAAUAUUAAGAAAUCUAGAAGCUUGAGAUAUCAAAUUUGGGUACCCAAUCUACUCCCGUGUGAAGUUUCAGAAAUGUAUCCAUCCAAACAGUUUUUUUUUCUAUACAUAGGUAUUCUUUUACAGAGAACACAUUUCCUAGAUAAACUGCUGAAGGAAACAUGUCACCUGUUAAAAUGUCCACAUCCCGCUCUCUGAUAAACGUAGUGGAACACAGGGAUAUUCACUCUUGUGUGCUCGAUUGUUUUCCUCCUGGAGAUGUUAAAAUGAUCAUUACCUUUCUGGUGGAUAUCUGCACUUCCUGUCUGUUCAUAGUUGUAACAUUGGUUCUAGUACAUAGCUGAAUCAACACUUCCUGUCUGUUCAUAGUUGUUGUAACAUUGGUUCUAGUACAUAGCUGAUUCAGUCAUCACUGGAAAACUAUUUACAUAAGAGUGCCAUGAUGAACUAAAACACAACAGCCGAUGUAAAUAAAACAUACUUGAAGUUCCUCAGCUCAUCGUUUGCUGGCAUGAAUGAAAAUAUUCAGAACAUGUUCCUUUCUUCGUUUUUUUAUUUGAAAAAGGAAACAUGUUUUCUUGAAAUUUACUGCUCAAGCUACUGCAGAAGUGCAGAAGGGAACAAACCACCAAGAGAAAAAUGUCCUCAUAGCAUCCUUUGAUUAAUGCAAUGGACCACAGGGAUAUUUUUACCCCGGUGGGCUCGGUUGUUUUUUCCUCAUUGAGUUAUGAAAAUGAUAUGCCGCCUCAAUACAUCUGAAACAUACAGCCAAUUCAUGCUACUGGGGAAAAUAUCUCUUGGGAAGAAAGAAAAAACAUCUCUCUCAGACUGUUGCAUCAGAGGAA